AUAUUACUACCUGUGUUUCGAACUAAACAAUAAUAUGGCUUUAAAUGGAUUUGUUGAGUUCUUUCAAAAAGGAAAAACUUUUAGGCCCAAAAAACGAUUUGCGGCAGGCACAAUUAGAUAUUCUCUCUACAAACAAGCCCAGGCUAGUCUUCAAUCUGGCAUAAAUUUACGUCAGGUGGUGCGGUUACCUCCAGGGGAGAACAUGAAUGACUGGCUAGCGGUGCAUGUUGUGGACUUCUUCAAUCGUAUCAACCUUAUUUACGGUACUGUUUCCGAGUAUUGCGAUGAAUCAACAUGUCCAACUAUGUCUGGAGGCUCACGUUAUGAGUAUUUGUGGGCAGAUGGAGAGAUCUAUAAAAAACCAGUUGCUCUCCCGGCUCAAAAAUAUAUUGAACACCUAAUGGACUGGAUUGAGACUCAAAUUAACAAUGAAGCCUUGUUUCCCGUAUCCACUGGUGUUCCAUUUCCAAAAACUUUUGUUGCACUUUGUCGUAAAAUUCUAACGCGAUUGUUCCGUGUUUUCGUACACGUCUACAUUCACCAUUUUGACAGAAUCGUGAGCAUCGGCGCUGAGGCGCACGUUAAUGCUUGCUAUAAACAUUUUUAUUAUUUUGUAAAAGAAUUCGAUAUGAUAUCAAGCAAGGAAUUGGAGCCAUUGCACGAAAUGACGUCUCGGAUUUGCAAAGACAAAGAUUGAACAUAAUGAUUGUACAUGCUUUUAUUUAUUUUAAGCUUCAUGAAUACGAGAGUAUUUCUUGUAUUCAUUCGGAAUCUCUGUGUAGAAAAUAAAUUGCAAAAGCAAAAGAAAAA